AAUGAAAUUCAAUAACAAACACGCAAACCAAAAAAAUUUUACUUAAGCGUCAAGAUUCUGCUAUGGCGUGUCGAUUUUGCUAUUCAUUUACAUCGCUAAUAAAUAAAAGCAUUUAUGAUGGAAACGUAUUAAAAUUUUUAGAGAUCGUUCCUUCCAUUUCAAUUUUAAGCGAUGUCUCUGCUCCUAAAGGAAUAUGCAACUUUUGUUAUACCAAGGCAAAAAUCUGCAUAGAUUUUGUAUCGAAAAUUCUAGAAGCUCAAAAACUUUUCAUCGAAAAUGGAAACAUAAACAACCAAACCGAUGAAUUCAACAACAGAAUUAUUCAAAAUUUUCAACAAGCAAACGAAAUUGUGAUUAAGAAAGUGAGUUCAUUUACAAGUGAGGAUGAUUCUGUUGAUUGUUUGGAAGAGUUUUUGGACCCUGACAUGGAUGAAUCAACGAAUGGUGAUGAGAUUUUUGAUGAAGAUGAAGAACCUGAAGAUUACAUUCCAAAUCACAAACCGAAGCAAAAACAUCAAAAACAAAUGGCAACAAAAAUUAUGUUUACUUGUUCCAAUUGCAAAUCAACUUUUGCUAACAUUGAUCUUCUUUCUGCACAUAUGAUAUCGCGAAUAUGUUUUAAUGAUAUCAUACAAUGUGAAGAAUGCUCAGAGACUUUUGGAACCAAAAACCAAUUGUAUCACCACAAGCAAAAACACAAAUUAAAAGAAAUUAAUGAAACAUCGAUUUGUGAUAUUUGUUCUGAAGAAUUCAAAUCCAGAUAUGCCUUAGAUGUACAUAUAGAAUCAAAUCAUCGACGAAUAGUUAGACAAGGCUGCAUUUUCCGUUGCUACAGUUGUCAUGACACGUUUGAAUCAUAUUUAGACUUAUUUGAGCAUGUACAACAACAUAAGAAAGAGAAAAACGAGAAUCCAAGACUUUGUGAAAUUUGCGCAAAAGUUUGCACGAACUUGAAAACUUAUUUGAAGCAUAAGUCAACUCACAACCCACGUAAAUUUCCUUAUGUAUGUAAAACUUGUUCGAAGAGUUUUACAGCAUUCUUCAAGCUUACACAACACAUGCACAUCCAUACAGGAAUAAAAGGAUUCAAAUGCGAUCUAUGCGGUGUUCCUUAUGCAAAGCGCGAUUCAUUGAGACUUCAUAUGAUCAAACUACACAUAAAUAAAAUGGCUUCAAAGUGAUAAAUAAUCCAAA